CGGGCGGGCGGAGAGGUGGCGCGGAGAGGGGCGGGAGCCACGCAGUGGCGCCCUUGUCGUGUCUAGUCCACUCUGAGGGGAGGAGCAGCGAAAAGGGCCACUAGUAGGGAUCUAGAGCAGAGAGGCUGUAGAAAGGACGCCGACGGCUGUAGAGAUGAGGACAGUGAAGAGACUCCGUGGAGGGCAGUAGCGGCGCAAAGAUGAUGUGGAGAAACCAUAAUCAGUGAGGGGCUGCGAUGGGAGAAGCUGUAAAGGGCAAGAGAAAGAGAGGGAGCCAGACAGAAGGACAGGAGUGUGAAAGGGUGGUGUAGAGGGGCUUGGAGGGAAGUAGCAAUGUACAAGGGCUGAAGAAGAUUCAGAGAGAUGUUCAUGAGGGAGAAGUUUGGAGAAAGAGAGAAGCCACCUAGAGUGAGCUCUUAGAGUGCUGUGUGGAGGAUCCCUAGGCUCUGACGUAUUGAAAGCACCUGAACCAGGCACGUAAGGCAUUGCAAGUAGGGACUUUCUCCUUCUGACUAGGGAUGUGGGUCCUUCUGCGAAGUGGGUACCCCCUUCGUAUCCUGCUGUCCCUGCGUGGGGAGUGGAUGGGGAGGAGGGGCCUGCCUCGAAGCUUGACCCCAGGCCCUCCUCGCAGACGGUACAGGAAGGAGGCUCUCCCUGCUACAGAGGUACCAGUGUUGCCUGUAACUACAACGGAAAUCCGCCAGUAUUUGCGAGCACAUGGGAUCCCCUUCCAGGAUGGCCACAGCUGCCUGCGGGCACCCAGCCCCUUUCUGGGGGCCUCGAAGCUCAAGGGCCAGACUGGUGACACCACUUCCUUCAGCCUCUUCAUUGACAAGACCACAGGCCGCUUUCUCUGCAUGACAAGCCUAGCAGAAGGGAGCUGGGAAGACUUUCAGGCCAGUGUGGAGGGACGGGGGGAUGGAGAUAGAGAGGGGAUCCUGCUUAGUGAAGCCCCAAAAGCUGAGGACAUUGAGGAGACCCGAAGGAUCUGGAACCGAGCAGUACCUCUCUGGGAGCUUCCUGAGCUAGAGGAGGCCCAGCUGACUCGUGUGAUGUUUGGGCUCACCAAAGUUACAGAUGACACACUCAGGCGUUUUAGUGUGCGGUAUCUGCGGCCUGCUCGGAGCCUUGUCUUCCCUUGGUUCUCCCCAGGAAGUUUGAGAUUACGGGGCCUGAAGUUGCUACAGGCUGAAGGCCAAGGGGAUGGAGUGCGCUAUGUGGAGACCACCAUACCCCGGCCUGGUGCCUACCACAAUCUGUUUGGAUUAUCACUGAUCAGUCGUCGAGAUACUGAGGUGGUACUGACAAGUAGUGAGCUGGACAGCCUGGCCUUAAACCAGUCCACAGGACUGCCCACUCUUACCCUUCCCCGAGGAACGGCCUGCUUACCACCUGCCCUGCUCCCUUACCUUGAACAGUUCCGACGUAUUGUGCUCUGGCUGGGGGAUGACCUUCGAUCCUGGGAAGCUGCCAAGUUGUUUGCCCGAAAACUGAACCCCAAGCGAUGCUCCUUGGUGCGGCCUGGGGACCAGCAUCCCUGUCCCCUGGAGGCCCUGAACCGAGGUUUAAAUCUUUCUCGAAUUCUGCGUUCUGCCCUGCCUGCUUGGCACAAGUCUAUUGUGUCUUUCCGGCAGCUUCGGGAGGAAGUACUAGGAGAGCUGUCAAAUGUGGAGCAGGUAGCGGGUGUUCGCUGGAGCCGCUUCCCAGAUCUCAAUCGUUUCUUGAAGGGACAUCGGAAGGGCGAGCUGACAGUCUUUACAGGGCCGACAGGCAGUGGAAAGACGACAUUCAUCAGUGAGUAUGCCCUGGAUUUAUGUACCCAAGGGGUGAACACACUAUGGGGCAGCUUUGAGAUCAGCAACGUGAGACUAGCUCGGAUCAUGCUAACACAGUUCGCUGUGGGGCGCCUGGAAGACCAACUGGACAAAUAUGAUGAGUGGGCCGACCGGUUUGAGGACUUGCCCCUCUAUUUUAUGACUUUCCAUGGACAACAGAGCAUCAGAUCUGUAAUAGACACAAUGCAACAUGCAGUCUACGUCUAUGACAUUUGUCAUGUGGUCAUCGACAAUCUGCAGUUCAUGAUGGGUCACGAGCAGCUGUCCACAGACAGGAUUGCAGCUCAAGACUACAUUGUUGGGGCCUUUCGGAAGUUUGCAACAGACAGUAGCUGCCAUGUAACACUGGUCAUUCAUCCCCGGAAGGAGGAUGAUGAUAAGGAACUGCAAACAGCUUCCAUUUUUGGCUCAGCCAAAGCAAGCCAGGAAGCGGACAAUGUUCUGAUCCUGCAGGACAGGAAGCUGGUAACUGGGCCAGGGAAACGAUAUCUGCAGGUAUCCAAGAACCGUUUUGAUGGAGACGUAGGUGUCUUCCCACUUGAGUUCAACAAGACCUCUCUCACCUUCUCCAUACCACCAAAGAGCAAGGCCCGCCUCAAGAAGAUCAAGGAUGACAAUGGGCUAGUGGCCAAAAAGCCCUCAUCUGGCAAAAAGGGGGCUGUGCCCCAAAACUCUGAGACUUGCUCAAGUGAGGCCGCCAGCCCUUACCAGCCAGACCCCUCCAAGCUUUCGAGGUGAAGGAUGUGCAGAGCUGGACCCUGGAACAAAUCUGACAGGACAGGCUGGGGCAUAGACCCUUUCUUGGCCCUCUUCUAGGACCACCUCUGUCCUAUGGUCCUAAGCUACAGGACCUUCUCAGUUGCAGGGGCCUGGCCUAGGGCAGGGUUCCAUAGUGAGAUUGGAACCCAUAGUCAAUUUAGCAGACAUUGCAGAACCUACUGUGUGCCAGGCUUUGUUCUAGGUCCUGGGACUGUAGCACUGACGAGACAGACGAGUUUCCUGCUUCUAUGGAAAAUGCAGUCAGGUGAUGGGACAAGAUAACCUAAUGGACAAAUAAAACAAUUUUAGGGAGUGAAAAGUGCUAUUUGAGAAGUAAAAUAGUAUUGCCAUAGUGCUUACAGGCUAGUUUAGAUUAAGGUCUAAAAGGGUGUCUCUGAGCCAGAGGACAUUUGAGCUGGGACCUAAAGAACUAGUAUUAAGCCAUGUGAACAUCUUGAGAAAGGGGGAUCCAGGCAGAAGUAAAAGUAAAUAAAGAGGUCCUGAGAUGGGAAUAAGCAAGUUGAGUUCAAAGCAGUGGAGUCAGUUCCCCUGAACCUGGAGAAUAGGAGACUUCUUGCCAAAAUUCCAGCCUAGGCUUUCAGAGCUAAAACGUGACAUGGUGGGUACCAAGCUUCUCUGCUCCCUACUCUGGAGACUGCUAUGUGGUGGAACUCAAUAUCAGUAGAUCCCAGGUGCUUGGCCCUGUAAUAAAGGUGGAAGCUUGGCCAGAGAGCCAUGCAAUGAAGCUGUGAUCCCACAGUGCUCGCCACCUGGACACUGAAUGUAUAUACUGCUGCCUCAGACCACUUUAGUGGAUACAGUCAACUUUUUGU